AUGCCCCGACGAGCGCACAAGAAAUCGCGGAAUGGCUGUCUUGAGUGUAAGCGACGUCAUGUCAAGUGUGACGAAAACCGCCCGAUCUGCUCCAACUGCACCGCAUCAGAGCGUAUUUGCGAAUACGGGACGCGCUGGUUCUACACGACCCCAGCCCCAAGGCCCGGGCCUCCAACUGCAGCGCCGAAAUCGGGAUUAGGGCUAGGCCGGGGGCCUGGUAGCAGCCCCGGUGCCGCUACAUCUAUCGAGUCGUCGUCCCUGUCCUCGGCAAGCACAGAGGGUGGCACUAGUGCUGGCAUUGGUACUGGAAGUGACUCUAGAACCGGGUCAGAGAAUGGUAUAUACACUCCCUCACAAGCAGGGCUCUCUGACCAGCCCGUCAAUAUGCUCCACGUCGAGCUCUUCCACAAUCUCUACACUAAAACUUACCUCACCUUUGACCCAGGCCGGUUCAGCCCCGGACUGCCAGGCCUCUUCUCGUACUCCAUCACAACGCCCUACCUCAUCAACGAGAUGCUCGCGCUCAGCGCACUGCACAUGAGCACAUUACAUCCCGAUAAGAGGGACUACUAUCACUAUCACGCAGCGCAGCUCCAGACCCACGCACUAGCCAUCUUCAAGGACUCCAAUCACCAGGUGACGCAAGAGACAUGCGUUCCGCUCUUCCUCUUCGCCUCGAUCCUGGGGAUCCACAUGCUCUGCGACACCCUGAUCUACAGAGAGAACAAUAACGAUUUCAGCACUUUCCUCUCCCGCUUCACCCACUAUCUCCGCCUACACUAUGGCGUGCGCACAAUCCUCCGCGAGGCAUGGUUCCUCCUUCGCGCCGCCGACUCCAUCGUGAAACCAGCCCUGGACGCUGGAAUGACCCUGUACAAGUUCGACGGCCCACUUGAUCCAGCCCUCCAAGUACUCCUCGACCGCAUCACUGCGUCGAAACUGGGACAGGAUCUAACAGAUCUUUACCGGCAGGCCAUUGAAUCACUACAAAUAUGCACGAAUGUCGCGAAUGCAGGAGAUCAGCGGCAUGCGGCGGUCAACGGGGUGGUAGUCUGGCCGAUCCUGGUUCAGCCUGAGUAUGGGGAUGCUUUGGCUGCGAGACGGCCUGAGGCGCUGGUUAUUCUGGCUCAUUGGGCGGUGCUUUUGUGGCGGUAUAGGGAGACAUGGCUCUUUGGGGACUCGGGCGCGUAUAUUCUUGGGAGCGUGGUUGACUUGCUGGGUACUGAAUGGGAGGCCUGGUUGAGGGGGCCUAGGAGGGUUAUACAGGACGUUCAUAUGUAG